UACACAGGUGACGUUAACGAUCUGGGUCUAGAUUUUACAGUUAUGACAGAUGAUUUGGGCGAAACUAAGACUGAAGAAUUGAAGCCAGGAGGCGCAAAUAUUACAGUGAAUGCGACAAAUCGAAUAGAAUACAUUCAUUUAAUGGCAGAUUUUAAAU